AUGCGGCGCACCGUACCUCCUGCUAUCGUCUGGCCCCUCUAUUCCUCGCCUGCCCACACCUACAAACCCUCAAAUCCAUUGACCAUGUCCCAUCUAAUUGACGUCCGCACACCCGAAGAGUACGCUACCGGCUUCCUGGGCAAUGCCAUCAAUAUACCUUAUCAAGACAUUGCGUCUCUCGUCGCGCGGCCAGACACCAAGAAGAGCGAUGACAUCACACUUUAUUGUCGGUCAGGACGCAGGUCGGGCAUUGCAUUGGGCGUGUUGAAAGAGUUGGGGUUCGUGAAUGUGCGUGAUAUUGGGGGCCUGGAGGAGGCGAGGGAGGUGCUUCGGAUGGAAGCUGAAGCUAAGCAGAUUGAGGAAAGAGAGAAGGGAGGUAGAGAGAAGAGGGCUGAUAGAGAGGGCAUGAGGGAAGCAUCGAGGAGGUUGAUGGAAGGAUUGAGGGACUUGGGGGAGUGA